UCCACCAGAGUCCUUUUCUUCCCUUCUCUCCCCUUUCAAUCCAAACAGUGCCUCGGUCAGCCCACACAAUUGGCGAAAUUCCCCCAUAAACCCUUUGCACAGCCUUCGCUAACAACUUAAAACCUUUUCACUCGACGGCCACUACCCAGCAAAGCCGGUCGCCCUUCUCAGGCCCUUUCUUCUUCUGUCCCUCCCAAUUGCUGUUCUUUCAACGGUUUUUUCAGGAGACAGGUUUGGCAUAAAUACAGUUGAAAGAGCUAGUGAUGGUUACUGCACAUGGACUGCCUCGAGGUUUUCCUUAUCGACUUAUCUAUAAUCAGCGGAGUCUUUGGGUAAAAAGAAGACGGAGGAAAAGCAUAUUGCGUCCUUGUUCAGUGGAGAAACUUCUAAGUCAUUCUACAAAAGAGCUUGAACCAGAGAAAGAACAUGAACAUGCUGUGAACAAAGGUGAGGAAAGGAAGAAAGACAUGGCAAAAGCCAGAAAAGAGGAGACAAAAGCUGGUGACUCUGAGGAUGUACUUCCAGGGAUUCCACCAGUUCCUUCGAGCAACCACCCAAAGUCUGGUGUAGCAUUUGUUCUUGAAAAAGCUUCACUUGUGCCUGCUUAUGUCGGAAGGACAUACGAGAUAUUGAAUCCAGACAAGCAUGCUGAUUUUUUAAGAAAGAAGAACAUGAAUCCUUAUGAUUACAGACCUGAUAUUGUCCAUGAGAUUCUCGUUGAUAUACUGGGCAGCCGACUUAAUAUGGCUGGUAUGGUUCAGGCUGUGUUUGUUAAAACUGAUCUAGGGCAUCUUAUCAAAAUCAAGCCACAUGUACACAUACCACCGACAUUGGGCAAAUUUUGUGCUAUGAUGUCCCAGUUGUUGCAGAAGUUUAGUAUCAAAGCUAGGGGUGGGGGUGAGAAACUAAUGCAGUUGAUUGACAACCCUUUGGUCAAGCAUUUGCCUGUUAAUUCUCGAAUAAUAGGGCUUUCUGUUAGUUCACCAAAUGCUGUAAGGUUGCGGGACUAUGUUGAUGAUGUGGGCAAUGAUUGCACUCCUGUAUUUGUGAUUGGUGCCAUGGCUCAUGGGAAAAUUAAUAGUGACUACACAGAUGAUCUUAUAUCAGUUUCUGCACUUCCUUUGAGUGCAGGUGUCUGUGUGAGACGUAUAUGCUACGAAUUGGAGAGGAAAUGGAGGAUCUCAUAAAGUUUUUAUUUGUAAGACUCUGUAGUUUGCAAACAAGAAUGCUCAUUGAUUUUUCUACACUUGUCUGAUAUUUGGUUCCAAUAUGUAUGUAAAAGUAGGGGUAAUUCUCGCUGUGAACCUUAGUAGCUCACCAGACAAGGCAGAAGUUUCUGAAAGUUCAGUUAUUGACACAAUUUUCUUCUUUAAUAUCACAUUAUGAUAAGGUAUUUAUCAGCUAUUACAGUA